ACAUUGAGAAAGUAAAGGCGGCUGGCAACGAGCUGUCUGAGGAGCAGCCAGACCUGAAGCCCAGCAUCGACAAGACCGUCAACGAGGUGGUGACCAAGUACAACAACCUGGACGUCUGCAUGGCCACCCGCAGCAACGACCUGCACACGGCCCUGCGGGACAUGCAUGGCCUAGAGGAAGGCCUGGACAUGACUCAGAGCUGGUUGGACGACCUGGAGCGCAAGCUGAUGCGCAUGGAGGGCGCCAAGGUCACUGUCAAGCGGGAGCCCAUCCUGGAGGAGAUCCAGAACCUCAAGAUCCUGGAGCAGGACCUGAAGCAUCACCAACCGGACAUCCAGAAGCUGACUGAGCGGGUCGCCAAUGUUAGCCAGACCUCCAACCCCAUUGUGGCCCGUAACCUGCAGGCGCAGAUGGACGGGAUCAACCAGCGCUACAACAAGCUUUGCAGUGGCGUGGACAGCUACGACGAUGACCUGCGGGGCAUGCUGGACAAGCUGGGCAAGCUCCUGGACGAUGUGGACCAGCUGGAGGACUGGCUCUUCCCGGUCCUGGACACACUGGAGUCGCGGGACCUCAAGAAGCAGGAGAUCCCCGAGAUCGAGCGAGCCAUACAGAAAAUCACGCGGGAGGUGGACACCCACACACCCGAGUACAAGCGCAUUGGCAAGGUGGCGGAGGAGCUGAUCAAGCACCACCGCACCCGUGACCCGACCUUCGUGGUGGACCUGAUGAAGAGCCUGGACAGGAACUGGCAGACCAUGGAGGAGGCCCUCACCAGGCUGAACGACUACCUGCAGGAGAGGAAGCAGAUGCACAACAAGUACCGCAACUCGGUCAAGGUGGUCAGCAUGUGGCUGGAGAGCACCCAGGACAAGUUUGACCAGCUGCCCAACAUCGCCCGGGACCUGGACGCCCUCAAGAACCAACUGGAACAGAUGAAGCCCCUGAAGCGUGAGGUCACCGGCUUCAAGCCCAAGAUCAACGAGACCUACGAGUUGGGCAAGUCGCUGGACCAGCUCAUCCAGGCCGCCGAGACGGUGGUGACCAAUCGCCGGCGCUCCACCAAGGUGGCCGGGGGCGACGUGGCCCAGAUGGAGCGGCGCGUGGUGGAACUCCAGCAGAACUUCCAGGUGUCGGAAGACACGGAGGUGAUGCGUGAGGUUAAGGGCCUACGUACUGCCUACGAGAACCUGGACAAGAGCGUGGUGCUGCGGGAGGAGGCCAUCCAGGAGAUGUACGAGAUCAUCCGGCAGUACAACGAGCGCAAUAAGGACCUGCAGGCCCUGCUGGACUGGAGCCGGCCCAUCAAGGCCAAGCUUCAGGAGCCCAUCCCGGACAUCCGGGAUGUGGCGUCCCUGCAGGCCAUCAUCACGGACCACAAGGCGCUGCACUCGGAGCUGGUGUCGCGCCGCCCCGUCAUGCUGGAGGCCAUCCAGAACGCCGAGCACCUGCUGCACGACCGGCGGGACAAGCUCAGCCCCCAGCAGGUGCAGGAGAUGCAGCGGCGCAUCGACGAGCUGCGGGAGUGCUACGAGAACCUGGUGGGCCUGUCCCUGGAGCGGCUGAACGCCCUGAGGGACAUGCUGGCCCAGCUUGACUCGGAGCAGAGAGACAAGGCUGCACUGGAGCGUGAGACCAAGCAGCGAGUUGACACCCUGGUGGACCUCCUGGACUGGGUCACCAAGGCAGAGCAUUCCCUGGGCAACGAGCAACCUCUCCACGAGCAGCACACUCCGCUCACGCACCAAGUCAAAGAACACAAGACGUUGAAUGAUGACAUCCUGGCUCACCAGCAGCCAGUCCUCCUGGCUGUGCACAACACCGAGACCUUCCUGGAGAACCGCGGGGGCCAACUGGGCCCGGAAGUCCGCAACAAGCUCCAGGAAGGCAAGACGGCGCUGAAGACCCGCUAUGAUGUGGCGACCCGCGAUUCCGAGUCCCGAGUGCGGCAGCUCAACGUCGGUGAGGAUGUCCUGGAGCGGCUGGAGCCAGACGCCGUGGGCUUUGAGGAGUGGCUGCAGGGUGCCGAGCGGUCCAUGGAGAAGUUCCACCGGGAGAUCGGUUCGGACACGGACACCCUUCGCCGUCAGGUCCGGCAGCUCAAGGACUUCAACGAGGAUGUCUUCAGCCACAAGGGCGACCUAAAGAUGAUCAACACGGCGGGCCAGAAGUUCGUCAAUGGUGCCGACCUCUACCGCAAGACGCUGCGCGACUUCCGCACCAGUGCCCUGCCGCGCCAGUUCAACCAGAGCUUCCGGGAGGACCCGGAGCGCAACCUGAUCCGUGACAACCUGAACAACCUGAACGCCCGCUACGACCGGCUGCAGAAUGCCAGCAGCACGCAUUUCUCGGUCCUGAGCGACCUCCUGGACAAGCUGGCCCGCUACAAGGAUUCAGUGGACGUGACGCUGACCUGGCUACAGGAGGCCUACGAAACUCUCAACAGGCUGAUGAAGGAACCGGUUGGCGUGGAACCAGAAUUCGUCCGCAAGCAGAUUGAUCGACUGAAGCUGUUCUACGAUGAUGUAACGGCCCACGCCAAGGAUGUGGAGCGCUGCCGAGAGACCGGCCAGGACCUGUGCGAGGGUCACCCUGAACUCAAGAACGACGUGGAGAAGACCGUCGGAGCCAUCGUGGACAAGUACAACGGCCUGAACUCCAGCUACAGCGACCGCAUGAACCUGCUGCGCAGCACCCUGACCAAGACGCAGGAUGUGCAGGAGAGCAUGGACAGCAUCCUGAGCUGGCUGAACACGGCCGACCGCACCACCACCCAGCUGGAACAGGGCUCGGUCAUCCAGGCCAAGCGGGAACCGUUGCAGGAGAGCUGCACCCAGCAAAGGACUUUUGCCACAGAGCUUCAGAGCUACCGACCCAGCAUCGAGGCCGUCAACAUGAACGCCGCACCCCUGAUCCGUGAGAGCACCCCGGAGAUGGCCCACACCAUCCAGACCAAGCUGGACAGGAUCAACACCACCUACGGCAACAUCAGUGACCGCACUAAGAAACUUGGGGACAGCUGGAACAGCGCCCGCACCCAGGUGGAGACCACUGAAGACUCCAUCGACACCCUGGACGACUUCAUCCUGCCCAUGGUGCAGCAGCUGCAGUCCUCGGAGCUCAUGAAGCUGGACCCGCCCCAGCUCAGCCGGAAGCUCAAGGAGAUCAGCCAGCAGGUGGACCGCCAGCGGCCACAGUACCAGAAGACCCGUCAGCAAAUCGAGGAGGUCAUCCACAACCCGACCAUCAAGGACUCCUCUGCCAUGUCCUCCAUGCUGAACAAUGUGGACAGCAACUGGAACACGCUGGAGGAUGUCCUCAACACCAGGACGCAGCAGCUGGAGGAGUUGGAGGACGCCCACCGCCGCUACAACACCUGCAGCGAGGACAUCGACCGCAUCGUGGGCACCAUGGAGAGGAAGUUUGAGCAGCUGCCCUCGGUUACCAGGGACAGCAAGGUGAUCACCAGUCAAAUGAACAGCGUCAAGCCCUUGCAGAAGGAGUCAUACCAGCUCAAGCCUCGCAUCGAGGAGAUGGCCAACAUCUCCAAGACCCUGGAGACGCUUCAGCGGGAAGUGAUCACCCCUGUCCAGUCUAAGCCGGUCCACCACUCCAUGCAUCUCAGCAGCCUGACCCAUGGCGAGCCCCAGGUCAAGAAGGUGAAGCGCACCUUUGAGGAGCUGUCCAGGAGUGCGUUCCCGCAAGAAUCGGAGACCACUCAGCGCUACAACACCACCAAUCGGCGCUACGACAACCUGACCAAGAACAUCAACUACCGACUGGAGGACCUGGCCCUGAUGCAGGACUUCAUGGUCCACAACGACGACGGCAACGAACUCUUGUCCUGGGCCAUGACCACAGACGCCAAGCUGGACCGCCAGCGGCCCACCAGCAACGACAUCGACACGCUGCAGAAGGAGAUCGACAACUUCAAGCUCCUGGUCCAAGAUGUGGACAACCACAACAACCCCAUCAACGACAUGAUCCGCCGCAUCGACAACUUCUACAGCCAGAACCUGGAGCGGCUGUCGCCCGAGCAGCGUGAUACCCUGGACCGCCUGCGCAACGACCUGCGCAACCGCUACGACGAGCUGUUGCGCAAGAGCCGGCUGGAACUGACCGAGGCCGAGAAUCGCCUCAACCAGCUGCGAUCAGAGCAGGACGAGAUGAGCACCCUGAAUUCUCGCAGCCAGAAGCUGCUGGGUGACCUGACCCAGCUGUCCAACUGGAUAGACAAAGCUGAGAAGGCCCUGGGCUCCGAACAGCCGCUGGGCGAGGAAGUCCGGCCACUGAACCAACAGAUCAACCAACACAGGGUCCUCCAUGAGGACAUCGUCAAACACCAGGAGCCUGUCCUCAAGACGGAGCAGGAGGCUAGGCGCUUCCUUGACCAGUAUGGCCCCCGCCUGCGGGACGCAGACCGCUCCAAGCUCCAGGACCUGACCAACAACCUGCGCUCGCGCUACGACGUGGUCAGUAACCAGUCCCAUCAGCGGCUGAACAAGCAGGGCUACUGCGCCGACGACCUGAACAAGUACGAUCAGGAAGGGGGGUCGUUUGGCAACUGGCUGGACCAGGCUGAGCGCCGUCUGCAGCAGGCGGAGAAGAGUGUGCCGCAGGACCUGGAGGCCCUGCAGCGGCUGAUCGCUGACCAGCGGGCCUUUACUGAAGAGGUCAAUGACCAGAAGGGCGACCUGAAGUUCAUCAACAUGACGGGCAACAAGUUCCUCAAUGAUGCUAAGGGCUACAAGGCCGACCUGUCAGAGUUCCGGGCGACCGUCAUGCCGCGGGACUUCAUCCGCUCCUUCCAGGAGAACCCGGACACCAAUAUCAUCCAGGACCGGCUUGGCAACCUGAACGAGCGCUACGCCAACCUCAAGAGCAACAGUGUCCGCUUCACCAACAACCUGGCGGACAUCGCCGACCGGCUGCAGCGCUACCAGAAGUCGGUGGGCGUCGCUGACCGCUGGCUGGGUGAAUCCCGCACCACCCUGGACACCCUGCUGGCCAAGCCCGUGCCAGCCGAGGCGGCGGAGAUACAGAAGCAGAUCGACGACCUGAAGGUCUUCUAUGACGGUGUUGUGCACUUCUCGGACGAGAUCGAUGCCGUCAAGAGCAACGGCAAUGACCUGUGCGCCGUCCAGCCUCAGCUGGCACCCAGUGUGGGCCGGACCACGGAUGACAUCAACCAGCGCUACAACGCUCUGCAUGGCCAGAUCGGCGAGCGGCUGAGCAGCUUGCAGGAUGCCCUGGGCCGGUCUCGCAGCGUCCAGGACAGCCUGGACGGCCUGUUGAAGUGGCUGGACCAGGCCGAGAAGGAGGCGCACAUCCUGGACAAAGGGACGGUAGUCAAGGUGGAGCGGGAGCCACUGCAGGAGUGCUCCCAGAACUGCAAGGUCUUCCAGACGGACAUCAUUAACCACGCCCCGGUGGUGCAGAACCUGGACGACCAGGUCACCAAGCUGAUGCGCACCAGUGAGCCCAAGGUGGCGGAGGUGCUGAGGAGUCGCAUGGAUGAAGUCAAGCGGCGCUACACCGGGGUGGAUCAGACGGCCAAGCGGCAUGGUGGCCAGCUGGCCGACCAGACGGACAAGCUGGCUGAGUUUGAGAGGGAGGUGGACCUACUGGAGAACUGGGAGCUGCCACUGCUGGAGACGUUGGAGUCACGCCGGUUCAUGAAGGAUGAGCUGCCCAGCGUCUCCAACAAGCUGACUGACGCCACCAGGCAGGUGGAGAACCACCGGCCCCAGCUGGCCAAGGUCCACAAACUGGCUGAGGAGCUGCUGAGCCACCCCCGCGGCAACGACACCACCUAUGUCCAGAAGGUCCUGGACAGCGUGGACAGCAACUGGGAGACCCUGGAGGACGUUCUGGAGAAGAGGAACUCACAGUAUGAGAACCGCCAGGCUGCCACCAAGAAGUACACUGCGGCCCACAAGGACACCAGCUACUGGCUGGACAAUGCGGAGCGGCGGGUCAACCAGCUGCAGGCGGUCUCCAAGGACCCCGGCACCAUCGACUUGCAGCUGAAGGAGGUGCGCCCCUUGCGGGAGGAGGUGGUCGCCUACCGUCCCCAGGUGGACACCGUCUGCGACCUGGGCUCGGCCCUGGACCGGCUGGUGAAGGAGACCGAGUCGCCCCUGCAGGUGCCGCCUCACCAACGCUCCACCACAGUGGGGCAGGCCCGGCGGCCAGGAGAGCGGCUGCGGCCCAAGAUGAUAGAGGAGCAGCUGGACCAGAGCUUCCUGGAAGAGCAAUCGCCCAUCCUGGAGGAGACUGGCGAGGUCCGCCACCGCUACGAUGACCUCCUGCGCCGCCUGACCGGCCGCCACGACCUGUUGGAGCUGCUUAGCGAGUACCACAAUAUCAACAACCGGCUGAUUGACACCCAGGAGUGGGUCAUCAACAUGGACUCGCAGAUCAGCCAGAAAAAGCCCGGUGGCAAGGACCUGGGCUCGCUCGCCCAGGACAUGGAUGAUAUCAAGACAAUCCAGACCAACAUCAAGGCCCAGCGGGAGCCCAUCCAGGAGGUUAUCAGCGAUGCCGAGGCCUACCUGCGGGUCAACCGGGACCGGCUCUCCCCUGAGCAGAUCGAGACGCUGCAGCGCCGCAUCAACGAGCUGCGACGCUACCUGGACCAAAUCUGGGUCAUCUCAGAGCAGAUCAUCAAGGAGACGGAGACAGAGAUCCACAGCAUCAACCUCCAGCAAGAGGAGCAGUCCAACUUGGGCAUCGAGUUUUCAGCUGUGAUGCAGGCCCUCCGGGACCUCCUGGAGUGGGUCAGGAUGAAGGAGGAGCAGCUGGGCUCCCAGCAGCCCAUGACCGAGCGCACUGACACACUCAAGAGCCAGCUCAACCUGCAGCAGGACAUCAACGAGGACAUCCAGAGCAAGAACGAGCCAGUCCAGCAGGUCUGCCAGGACGCUCGGGCCUUGCUGAAGGUCAAGGGCGGGAAGAUGACUGCCGACAACAAGCGGGACCUGGAAGACGCCGUGGACCAGCUGCAGUCGCGCUACGCCGUUAUCAACGGCAGCUCCACCGACCGCACCAACAAGCUGAAUUUUGGACACCAGGACCUGGACAAGAUCGAGGAAGGAUGCAGUGAGUUUACAACAUGGCUGCGGGACGCCGAACACGAGCUGGCCACCAUCCUGAAAAACGUCAGCAGCGACUACAGCACGCUGUCCAGGCAGACGGAGGAGCACCAGAACUUCACCGACGACGUGGUGACGCACUCGGCCGACCUGAAGUACAUCAACAAGGCCACGCAGAAGUUCAUGACCUCCGCAAAGACCUACAAGGACUUCCUAGCCAACUAUCGGCAGAGAGUCAUGAGCCGGCAGUUCCAGCGGCAGUUCCAAGAGAGCCCCGACCAGGACCUGCUGCGCCAGACGUUGGAGGACCUAAAUGCACGCUACGAGCGGCUGAAGGCCGACUGCUUCGGCCACGGCCGGCUCCUGCAGAAGCUGCUGGACAAGCACAAGCGCUUCGCGGACAAGGCCGAGGACACCGACGCCUGGCUGGGCUCUGCCGAGGAGCGCAUGCAGACGCUUCUGCAGAAGCCCAUCGGCGCUGAGACAGACACCAUCAAGCGGCAAAUUGACGAGUUGGACAACUUCCGCAAGGACGUCAAGCAGCGCCGGCCUGAUGUGGACAAGGUCAAGGACUUCGGAGAGGACCUGAUCAACGUUCAGCCCAGCGUCAGGGUGCCCGUGCAGAGGACCAUUGAGGACAUCACAGACAAGUACGACUCCCUGGACGGCCAGCUGAACAACCGGUCUCGGCUCCUGCAGGAGGCGCUGGCCCAGUCCCAGUCCAUGCACGACAACCUGAACGACCUGAUGAGCUGGCUGGAUGGGACGGAGAAGGACGUGCACAAGAUGGACAAGGGCACGGUGGUGGUAGUCAAGAAGGAUCCCAUGAAGCAGCAGAUGCAACAUGGCGAUCUAAUCACCGAGGACAUCACGGCCAAACGGAACGUCAUCGAGGAGUGCGUGAACCAGGCCACCAGCUUUGUCCAGCAGUGCGACCCCAUGGAGGCCCAGAUCAUCCAGACCAAGCUGGACAACCUCCACUCCCGCUACAAGCAGGUGAAAGACACGUCAGAGCAGCACGGCCGGCAGAUGGUCAGCCUGAAGGACCGGCUGAGCGACUUUGACAAGCUGGUGGACGAGCUGGAGGACUGGCUGCUCCCUGUCCUGGAGCACGUGGAGAGCAAACAGUUCAUGGAGCAGGACCUGCCCGUCGUGGGAGACCAGCUCAAGACCUACAAGAUGCAGAUGGACGACCGUCGUCCACUGUACAAGAAGAUCCACGAGGUGGCAGAGGAGCUGAUGAAGCACCCUAAGGCCACCGACGUCUCGGAGAUCAAGACCAUGAUGACCAACAUCGAGCUGAACUGGGACUGCCUGGACACGGCCUUGGCCAAGAGAACCAAACACCACGAGGAGCGCACAGCCGCCCAGAAGACGUUCUUCACCUACAUGAAGGACGUGAACAAUUGGAUCGGCAGCCAGGAACGCCGUAUCGGCCAGAUGGCUGCCGUGGCUAGGGACAGCAAGCAGCUUCAGUCGCAGAUCGCAGAGGUCAAGCCGUUCCAGAAGGAAGUCAAGGACUACAAGCCCAGGGUGACCGAGAACGCCCGACUGGGCGCCAUCUAUGACAAGAUGAUCUACGAGACAGAGAUCAACAUCGCCACGCGACCUCACUACCGCUCCACGGAGCUGGACCUGACCAAGCCCAUCGACCGCAGGGUCUUUGAGGAACCUAAAUUCAUUGAGGAUCGUGACACGGAGGCAGACCACAUGGUGGCGGACACCAACAACCGCUAUGACCACCUGCUGUGGCUGAUCUCGGAGCGGCUGGAGGACCUGGAGCUGAUGCUGCAGUUCAUGGAGCGCUGCGGCGGGGUCUUCGGCCUGCAAGAGUGGGCCAAUGAGACGGAGACCAAGCUGAACCGGCUCAAGCCCACCAGCCGGGAGAUCGAGCCGCUGGAGGAGGAGAUCCGGGAGUUCCGGGUCAUCGUGCAGGACAUCGCCUCCAAGAAAGGACCAGUGUCGGACGUGACUGUUCAUGCUGAGCAGUUCCUGCGCAGCACCAAAGACAAACUGACCCCCGAGCUGCAGGAUGAAUUAACCGGCAUCGUGAGGGAGCUGCGCACCACCUACGAGCGCCUGCAGGGCCACUCACUGGACUGGCUGCGCCAGGCCGAGGACCUGCUGGCCAGACUCAAGAAGGAGAGAGAUGAAAACAUGACCCUGGAGGAACGCAUCCGCGAGCUGCUGAAAGCUCUGCAGGCACUCCUGGACUGGGUGGCUGAAGCGGAGAGGCGUCUUGGCUCCGAACAACCCCAAGAAGAGACCGUCAGACCACUGACCAAACAACAGACUGAACAUACGGCCCUGAACCAGGACAUCCUGGAUCACCAGCAGCCCAUCCUGGAGGUGGUGCAGGACGUGGAGAGCUUCCUGAAGCAGUACGGCAACAAGGUGGACCAGCCCAACCAGACCCGGCUCCGCACCCUACAGACAGAGCUCAAGUCCCGCUACGGCGUGGUCAACUUCCAGUCCACCAACCGACAGACCAAGCUGACCACGGCUGUGGACGAGCUGGUCAAGUUCAGUGAUGACCAGACCGAAUUUGACCCCUGGCUGGCCAAGGCCGAGCAGACGCAGCAGGCAGCGCUGAAGAGCGUGGGCCGGGACCUGAGUACGCUGAGGCAGCAGAGCGGCCAGCAGCGAGCCUUCAAUGAGGAGGUGCUGGGAAAGGCCGCCGACCUGCGCUUCAUGAACGUGACAGGACUCAAGUUCCUGGAUGCCGCCAAGGUGUACCGCCAGGACCUGUCAGAGUUUCGGGCCACCGUGCUGCCGCGCGAGUUUGUCCGCUCCUUCACAGAGAACCCAGAGUCCCAGACCAUCAACGGCAAGCUGCGGGACAGCAGCGACCGCUUCAACGAGCUGAAGCGCCUCUCAGCCCGCCACACAGAGUUCCUGCAGGACCUGGUGCAGCGUCACCAGGCCUACCAACAGGCAAGCAACAUCAUGCUGGACUGGCUGCCAGGCGCCGAGAAGACGGUGGCCAACUUGGUCAAGGAGCCCAUCGGGGCUGACCCUGCCAGCGUGCAGAAGCAGAUCGACAAAGUAGAGGCACUUCGUGAUGACGUGAUGUUCCAUCACAAGGACGUGGAGAACGUCAAAGAGUCAGGCAGUGAAGUGAUUGAAGUACAGAAAGAGCUACGGCCAGACAUCACCAGAAACACAGACGACAUUGUCAGCCGCUACGAGGCCUUGCAGGCCCAGAUUGCCGAGCGGCUGGCUGCCCUGCAGCGGGCCCUGGCCCAGUGCAUGGAUGUCAAGGAGCAGCUGGACAUCCUGCUGCGCUGGCUGGACGAGGCCGAGCGCAACACCCACAAGAUGGAGAAGGGCACGCUGAUCGCCGUCAAGAGGGAGCCGCUACUGGAGAACAUGCAGGGCCAGAAGGUCAACUUCUCGGACAUCGAAAACCACCGGCCAGCCGUGGACACAGUCAACGUCAGUGCCCGGCAACUGAUCCAGACCAGUGAGCCAACCGAGGCCCGGCAGCUGCAAGGCAAGCUGGACGACAUCAACGAGCGCUACGGCCGCAUCCACGCCGUCACACUGCAGCACGGCGACUACCUGGAGGGUGUGGCCUACAAGCUGUCAGAGUUUGAGAGUGAGGUGGAGCAGCUGGAGGACUGGCUGCUGCCCACGCUGGAGCUGCUGGAAUCCAACGAGCUGACGCAGCAGGACCUGCCCGAGUUCGGCAGCAGGCUGCAGGACCUGAUCCGCCAAGCUGACAAAUACCGCCCGGCACUGAAGAAGAUCAAGCAGAUGGGGAAAGAACUGAUCGAGGACCCCAAAGCCAAGGACACGUCCCACGUCACUGCCAUCCUGACCAAUGUGGACUUCAACUGGAAGGCACUGGAUGACAUCCUGGCCAAGAGGAACAAGCAAUUUGAGGAGCUGACCGCCGCCAACAAGCGCUACGGCACCACGCGUAAGGACGUGACCUACUGGCUGGACACCACGGAGCGCCGGCUGGACCAGGUGCAGCCAGAAGCCCUGGACCUCAACACCAUCCAGGUUCAACUCAAGGAGCUCAAGCCCCUCCAGAAGGAGAUUGUGGGCUACAGGCCCAAGAUUGACGAGAACACCAAGACGGGCAACACCCUGGACACACUAACCAAGGAGGUCGCCCAACCCGUCCAGGCGUCACCCCACUACCGCUCCACGGAGCUGUCCGAAGUCACCAAGGACAAGACACUCAGGAAGCCCGAAGAACCGGUCCAGUUCCUGGGUGAGACCACCAUCCAGCGUGAGGUCAGUGAGGUCAUCCGUCGCUACGAUGACCUCCUCCGCCGCAUCCAGAUUGCCCUGGAUGACCUGACGCUGUCGGAGCAAUGGGUGGAGCAGCACGCCGCCCUCAAGACCUCCCGGGACUGGGUGACCAGCUCGGAGGCCAAGAUGGAGAAGACACGACCCAUCAGCAACGAGAUCCAGCCGCUGACCAAGGAGAUCGAAGUCUUCAGGGGUGUGCAUAGCGACAUCCGCAGCCGCCAGCCCCAGAUUGCAGAUGUGGUGACCAGCUCGGAGCAGUUCCUGCGCAAGAACCGGGAGCGGCUCUCCCCCAAGCAGCGGGAAGAGAUGGAGCGCCGCAUCGAGGACCUGCGCACCAACUAUGACACUGACUACAACCGGGUGGACGACUGGCUGAAGGAGGCCAUCGACCGGCUGAACCAACUCCAGAAGGAGUAUGAGUACCGGAUGCGCCUGGAGGGUCAGAUCAAGGAGAAGAGUCUGAGGCUGCAGGAGCUGUUGGACUGGCUGACCAAGGCCGAGCAGGCCCUGGGGGCAGAGCAGCCACUCAGCGAGCAGUCACAGCCACUCACCAAGCAGUAUAGCCAGCACAAGCCACUGCACGAUGACAUCCAGGCUCACCAACAGCCCAUCCUUCAGUGCAUCGAGGACAUUGAGCAGCUCUUCAGCAUCUUUGGCGACAACAUCCCCGCCGCAGACCGCACCCGGCUGCGAGACGGCCAAGGCCAGCUGAACUCUCGCUACGAGAAUGUGCACAGCGCCAGCCACGACCGCAUCAAGAAGCUGAAUGCAGCCAUCGAGGACAUCAACAAGCUGGAGGCCGACUCAGCCGAAUUUGCUGACUGGCUGCGGGCUGCCGAGCAGCAGAUGGACACGGUGGAGAAGAACGUCGGCCAGGACCUGGAGACACUACGGAAGCAGUCAUCGGACCACGCGCAGUUCACUGACGACAUGAACGACCAGAAGGGAGACUUGAAGUUCCUGAACAAGGCCGGCCAGACCUUCCUGGACUUUGCCAAGGUCUAUCGCCAGGACCUCGCUACCUUCCGCGACAACACCCUGCCACGCCAGGUGACCCGUGCCUUCCAAGAGAGCCCCGAGACCAAUGUGGUCCGCAACCAGCUGAGCGACCUGAGCGGGCGCUUUGAGAAGCUGAAGCUGCGCUCGCUCAAGCACGGACGCACCCUGCAGGAGCUGCUGGAGAAGCACCGGGCCUAUGCCGAGCGGGUGGCCGCCACCUCGGGCUGGUUGGGUGGAGCGGAGAAGACACUGGAGACACUGCAGCGGGAGCCCGUGGGCGUUACCGCAGACGUCAUCAUCAGGCAGAUUGAGAAGGUCAAGACAUUCCACGAGGACGUGAUUGCUCAUGCCAGCGAUGUCGAGAACGUGAAGGACAAGGGCGAGGACGUCAUCAACAUCCAACCAGAAGUCAGACCAGUCGUGCAGAGAACCACAGGCGUGAUCGUGGACCGCUACAAGGCCCUGGAGGCCGGGGUCAACGACCUGCUGGAGAAGCUGCAGCAGGCCCUGAGCCAAACGCAGAGCGUGGAGGAGAACCUGGACAUGCUGCUGCGCUGGCUGGACCAGGCCGAGAAGAAGGAGCACACGCUGGAGAAGGGGACGGUGAUCGAGGCCCGCCGGGAGCCCGUGCUGGAGCAGAUCGAGAACACCAAGAUGCUAGAAGAUGACAUCACCAACCACCGGCAGGCCAUCGACAACGUGAAUGUGGCCGCCCAGCAGUUGAUGAAGACCAAGGACCCCAAGGACGCCCAGCUGAUCCAGGCCAAGUUGGACAGCGUUAACACCCGCUACACCACAGUGGACUCGGCCACCCGCAACCACAGCCAGGGGCUUGCCAGCCUGUCAGACAAGCUGGCCGAGUUUGAGCGGGAGGUGGACGACCUGGAGGACUGGUUACUGCCAGACAUGGAGACGCUGGAGUCGCGGGAGGUCAUGACCCAGGACAACACAGAGGCGGUACUCAGGGAGAUCUCGCGCAAGUACGAGGGUCGCCAGCCACAGCACCAGAAGAUCCACCAGCUGGGCGAGGCGCUCCUCAGCAACCCCAAGGCCAACGACACCUCCUACAUCACGGCCGUGCUGAAGAAUGUGGACCUGAACUGGAACGACUUUGACGAAGUCCUCAACAAGAGGAACAAGCAGCUGGAACAGAAGCAGGAAGCGGCCAAGAAGUACGGCAACAGCCACCGCGACGUGACCGGCUGGCUGACCGACACCGAGCGCCGAUUGAACCAGCUCCAUCCGGCCGGCCGCGACCUGAAGACCGUGCAGGCACAACUCAAAGAAGUCCUGCCAUUCCAGAAGGAUGUGGCCGACUACAAACCCAACAUGGACAACCUGAACAAGCUGGGCCACGGCUACGACGCGGUGGUGCGGGAGGUGGAGCAGCCUGCCUACAAGCAGCCCCACAGCCGCUCUACCCAGGUGGGGGAGAGGAAGAAAGGAGAUGCCCGCCUCACCCCGGCCAAGGGGUUGGCAAGGGACACCCGACCCAAGCCCACAGACCUGGACAGGAGCGGACUGAUGGAAGAGACAGAAACUCAGCGUCAGCUGGACAGUGCCAACAAGCGCUACAAUGAUCUGAAGGUCAAGAUUGACUUCCGGCUGGAUGACCUGCGCCUGGCCGAGCAGUACAUUGAGCGGGACAGUGCCGUCAAUGAGCACCUGACCUGGGUCACAGCAACCGAGACCAACCUAGAGAGGAUGAGACCGUCCACCAUGGACAUCGAGCCGCUGGAGAGGGAGAUCGACGAUUUCCAGACCCUCUGCUCCCAGAUCACGGUCAAGAAGUCGCCGGUCAACGAGUCCUAUCUGAAGAGCACCCAGUUCCAGCAGGACCACCGCGACAAGCUGGGCUAUGACCAGCAGGAGGACCUGAACCAGAAGACGGUCAACCUGCGGGAGACCUACGACCGGCUGGACCUGCGCUCCCAGGACUGGCUCAAGGCGGCCCAGGAUGACCUGGCCCGGCUCAAGAGGGAACGGGACGAGAGACUUGCCCUGGAGGAGAGACUCCGCCGGCAGCUGGCGGCCCUGAUGAACCUCCUGGACUGGGUGGCCGAGGCCGAGAGGCGACUGGGCUCCGAGCAGCCCAUGAGCGACGAGGUCAAGCCGCUGACUGGACAGGCCAGGGAACACCAGGUGCUGCACGACGACAUCCUGGCCCACCAGCAGCCUGUGGCCCAGGAGAUCCACGGCGCCAAGCAGCUCCUUGACGAGCACGGCACCCGGCUGCGGCCCGAGGACCGCAGCCGGCUGGAGGACAUUGCCGGCGAGCUGAAGGACCGCUACGACGUGGUUUACGUGGAGUCGCAGACCAGGCAGAACAAGCUGCAGGGCGUGCUGCCCGACCUGGAGAAGUUUGCCUUCGAGCGGGACGACACAGACCGCUGGAUCAAGGAGGGCACGCAGCAGCUGCAGCAGGCCAAGCGCAGCAUCGGCACGGACUUGCCCACACUCAAACAGCAGCUGUCGGAGCAGGACCAGUUCAACGAGCGGAUGGUGGCCGAGGGGGCAGAUGUACGCUACCUGAACAUGAGCGGCAACAGGAUCUUAGAUGUUGCUAAGACCUACCGCAAGGACCUGGAGAACUUCCGCACCACCGUCCUGCCACCCAAGUUUGCUAAGACCUUCCAGGAGGCUCCCGAGCCUGCCUGGCUGCGCGACAACCUGAUGGACAUAAACUUCCGCUACAACGAGAUCAAGGCCCAGGCCACAGAGUUCACCCUGACCAUGCGUGACCUGGUGGACAAGCACCAGAAGUUCCAGGACGCCUGCGCCCCCUUGCCGCCCUGGAUGGAGAAGACGGAGAAGGUGCUGGCCAAGGUCGUGCGGGAAGCCAUCAGCGCUGAGCCGGCCGGCAUCAAGAAGCAGAUCGAGGAACUCAAGACCGUGAGGAUGGACGUCAUCCAGCACUACAGCGAUGUGGAGAAGGUCCGAGAUACCGGUGACGACCUUGGCCAGGCCCACGUGGCUGUCAAGCGUGACACCGACUACAAAGUCGACGAGAUCGUCAAACGUUACCAGGCCCUGCAGGCCACCAUCGACGACCGGCUGGAGGUCCUGCGGGACGCGCUGACCGCCGCCCUGGACCUGCAGGACCAGCUGGACCUGCUGCUGCGCUGGCUGGACCAGGCUGAGAACGAUGUGCACAAGCUGGACAAGGGCACCCUGCUGGUCAUUCAGAAGGAGCCCCUGCUGGACAACAUGGAGGCCCAGAAGGCUGUCUUCAAGGACAUCGAAGACCACAAGCCCACCAUUGACACAGUCAACCGCCUGGCAGCCACCCACGUCCAGACCAAAGACCCUGAGGAGGCCAAGCUGAUCCAGACCAAGCUGGACAGCAUCAACCAGCGCUACGCCGCCGUGCGGGAGGCCACCAUGGACCACGGCCAGGUGCUGCGCUCGCUGACGGACCGGCUGGCCGACUUUGAGCGGCAGGUGGACGAGAUGGAGGAGGAGGUGCUGCCGCAGCUCAAAACGCUGCAGUCCAAGGAGUUCAUGCGCAAGGACAUCCCCGUCAUCAGCAGCAACCUCAAGAGCAUCAAGCAGAAGCUGGACAACCAGCGGCCAGUUAACAAACGCAUCCACCAGCUGGGCGAGGAGCUGAUCAGCGACCCCAAGGCCAACGACACCUCCCACGUCAAGGCCAUCUUGGCCAAUGUGGACGUCAACUGGGCCGCCCUGGACGAGAUGGUGGCCAAGAGAUCCAAGCAGCUUGACGACCUGCAGGACGCCAGCAAGAAGUACAACAGCAUCCACAAGGACACCAACUUCUGGCUGGACGGCAUGGAGCGACGCCUGCAGCAGGCCACGCUGACGGCCCGCGACUCGGGCGCCAUCAAGGCCAAGAUCAAAGAGCUCAAGCGGGGUCCUGAAGCAGAGGAGUUUGGAUACGCAGAUGAGGAACACAAACUGCCCAAAUCAGUCAGCAAGCCCCUGCUCCAAGAGGUGGACGACUAUGAGCCUAACAUCAUCAACACCAACACUAUCGGCAAGGACCUCGACCGGCUGAUCAAGGAUGUCUCCUCCCCGGUCUCCAGCAAGCCCCACUACUUCUCCACCCGGCAAGGCCAGGGCGAGCCAGCUGUGCCCGGCAUCCCAGAUGAACCUGACGAAGAGUUCAGAGGUGAGACCCCCAUCCAGCAGGAGCUGGACGAGGUCAACCGGCGCUACGAGGCCCUGCGCAAGCAGCUGCGCAUCUCCCUGGACGACCUGGAGAUCGCCGACCGCUGCGUGGACGAGACUCUGAACGUCCAGGACAAUCUGGACUGGAUCAGCGCUGUGCAGGUCAAGCUAGAGCAGACCAGGCCCCGGGCCACCGAAAUCCAGCCGCUGGCCGAGGAAGUCAUGCUCUUCCAGGAAGUGGCCUCAGACGUGGAGAGCAAGCGGCCGGACAUCAGCGACACCCUGAGCAAGGUCAGCCACUUUGACCGGGAGUACGGUGAGCGGCUCAACCCAGAGCAGCGCGAGGUCCUGAACGAGAAGGUGGGCCAGAUGCGGGUCGACUACGAGCAGGCAGCCCAGAAUGCCAAGGACUGGCUGAAGGAGGACGUGGCCCGGCUGGAGAGGCUGCGACGGGAGGAGGAGGAGAGGAGACGCAUCGAGGCCCUGAUGAAGGAAAAGCUGAUAGUCUUGCUGGAGUUGAUGGACUGGAUCACCCAGGCCGAGGAAGCUCUGGGCUCCGAGCAGCCCGAGGCAGAGAGGUCCCAGCCCCUGGCAGCCCAGCUGGACAGCCACAAGGUUCUUCACGCAGACAUCACUGCUCACCAGCAGCCUGUCGCCCAGUGCGUCCAGGAUGUGGAGGCCUUCCUCAAGCAGUACGGCGAACGCAUCAGCCGUGACAACGCCUCGAAGCUGGCCGAGGGCAAGGACAACCUCAAGUCACGUUACGACGUGGUGCUGACCCAGUCUUACAACCGGCUCAACACCCUGGUGCCGGCCCUGGAGGACCUGGGCAAGUACGAGAAGGACGCCACAGGCUUCGAGGACUGGCUGCAGGAGGCAGACUCCUCGCUGCGGGAGCUGGUGGAGCAUGUGGGCACGGACUACCCGACGCUGAGGGGACAGCUAGACGAGCACCGGGUCUUCACCGAGGACCUGAAUGACCAGAAGGGCGACCUGAAAUUCAUCAGCAUGAGCGGCCAGAAGUUUGUGGAUCAGUCCAAGGCCUACAGGAAGAUGCUGGCUGACUUCCGCACUGACGUCCUCUCCCGCCAGUUCAACCGCAACUUCCAGGAGGACCCUGAGCCCACCAUCAUCCGGGAGCGGACGGCCGCCGUCCACGCCACAGUGGACAACCUGCGGACCCGGUCCCAGGCCCAUGGCGCCCGGCUGAGGGAGCUGGCCGAGAAGCACCGGCUCUACAACGAAGCUGUCGGGGUGUUCUCCACCUGGCUGCCAGACGCCGAGGCCAAGCUGGGGAGGCUGGAGCAGGAGCCAAUCAGUGCCGAUCCCAUCACCAUCCAGAAGCAGAUAGACCGCAUCCAGGACUUCACUGAUGAUGUGGUGGCCCACGCCAGUGAUUUGGAGAAGGUCAAGGACACGGCCACCGACCUGACCGAUACCCAACCGGAGACUAAACCCCAGGUCGACCAGACAACAGCCGACCUGAAAGAGCGGUACGAGGACCUGCUGGCCCGCCUGAAGGCCCGGCUGGCCCAGCUCCAGCAGGCCCUGGCCGACUCGCAGAGCCUGCAGGAGCGUCUGGACCUGCUGCUGCGCUGGCUGGACCAGGCCGAGCGUGACGUGCACAAGAUGGACAAGGGCUCCGUCAUCGCCGCCAAGAAGGAGCCGCUGCUGGAGAACAUCGAAGAGCACAUGCUGAUCCACACUGACAUCGAGGCCCACAAGCCGGCCGUGGAGUCCGUCCAGCGGGCUGCCGCCCAGUACCUGGAGACGUCCAAGCCCAGCGAGGCCAAGAUCGUCAUGUCCAAACUAGACAGCAUCAACAGCCGCUAUGGCCAGGUGGCUGAGGUGACGGACCGGCACGGCGACCAGCUACGGCUGCUGCAGAGCAAGCUGACCGACUUUGACCGGGAGGUGGACCAACUGGAGGACUGGGAGAUGCCGGUCAUCGAGGCGCUGGAGGGGCGUGACCUGAUGAGGAUGGACAUGAACCAGCUGAGUCGCAAACUCAAGGACUACAGGAGCCAGCUGGAGAACCACCGGCCCCAGUACAAGUUGAUCCACCAACUGGGUGAGGACAUUGUCACCAAGACCAAGGCCAAAGACACCAGCCACAUCAAUGACGUGCUCAGCAACGUGGACACCAACUGGAAGACGCUGUCCAACCUCCUGGAAUUGAGGGAGAAUCAGCUGGAUCAGAAGCAGCGAGCCACGGCCAAGUACAACGAGGGCUACCGUGACACCAGCGGCUGGCUGACCGGCAUGGAACGCAAGCUGAGCCAGCUUCAGCCCGUGGCCAUGGACGGCAAGACGCUGGACAGACAGGAGAAGCAGCUCAAGCCCUUCCAAGUGGAGGUGGCCACCUACAAGCCCGUGGUGGAGGAGCUGAAUCGUGUGGGCAACGGCCUGGACGUGCUGCUGCGUGAGCUGCAGGUUCCCCUUGCCACCAAGCCCCACUACCGCUCCAGCCAGCUGAGUGGCACCAUGACCAGGGAGCAGAUGGAACAGCAGGAGAUCCAGGACCGCAUGGACAAGAGCAUUACCCAGCUGGAGGCACCGGAGGAUUCGGACAUCCAGCGCCAGCUCUCAGACACCAACCGGCGCUACGACGCCCUCAAGGUCAAGUUGGCCGACCGGCAGGAGGACAUUGACCUGGCCCGACUCUUCCUGGACCGACUGGGUGUGGUCAAUGACCGGCUGGACUGGUGCGCCACGGUGGACAACCGCCUGAUGAAGAAGAAGCCAACCAGCCGGGAGCUGGAGCCGCUCAAGAAGGAAUACUUCCAGUUCCAGGAUGUGCACGACAGCAUCGGCUCGAACAAGCCGGCCGUCCUGGAGACCAUCGUCAUGGGCGAGCAGUUCCUGCAGGAGAACCGUAGCCGCCUUUCGCCCGAGCAGCAGGAGGAGAUGCAGCACAAGAUUGACGAACUCCGUAUCUACUUCGACCAGGUGGAUGGCCGCAGCGACAAGAUCAACACGGACACCCAGCGCACCAUCGACCGACUGGAGAAGGAACUGGAGGAAGAGCGGCGCCUGCGCAAGCUGUACAACGAUUCUACCCAGUCAGUGGUGACUCUGACUGACUGGGUGACCGAAGUGGAGAAGCGUCUGGCAGCCGAGCAGCCCCAAAGCGAGGAGGUGCCUCAGCUAACCAAACAGACAACGGACCACAAGUCCCUCCAUACUGACAUCCUGAGCCGUCAGCAGCCCGUCAUGGAAUCCAUCCACACGGCCACUCAGCUCCUGGACCAGUACAACAACCGACUGAAGGACCAGGACAUGUUCAAGCUGCGCAACCUGGCCGAUGACCUCAAGGACCGCUACGACCAGGUGUUGGGCCAGUCCUACGGCAGGCAGAACAAGCUGUCCUCGCAGACGGAGGAGCUCAAGCGCUUCGAGGGUGACAGAGGCGAGAUGGAGACGUGGCUGACGGCCGCCGAGCAGACACUGGAGUCAUCCCAGCGCCAGGUGGGCACCACGCCAGAGGAGCUGGAGGCCCAGUACUCCCAGCAGAGAGCAUUCGCCGAUGACGUGGUGAACCACGGCGCUGACCUGAAGUACCUCAACAAGUCUGGGGAGAAAUUCUUGGACAGUGCUAACGGGUACCGGGAAGAGCUGGGUGAUUUCCGCACGGCCGUGCUGACCCGCGAGGAGCAGCGCGCCUUCCGUGAGAACCCGGAGACCAACCUGAUCCGCGACAACGUCGGCGUCAUCAAUGAGCGCUACGACAACCUGAAGGUGCGGACCAACGACCACACCAACCGGCUCAGCACCCUGCUGGACAGGCACCGCCGCUUCAACACCAACGUGCGGGGCACCGACCGCUGGUGCGACGAGACCCGGGUGGAGUUGGACCAACUCCUAGCCGAGCCCAUCGCCGCUGAGCAGGUCAACAUCCAGAGGCAGAUCAACGAGCUCAAGGCCCUGAAUGAUGACGUUGUCCUCCAUGGUAAAGAUGUCCAGGCCGUCAAAGACUCGGGCGAUGAGGUCAUCGACGUCCAACCAGAGAUCAAAGAAACCGUCAACCGAACCAAAGCCGGCAUCCAGCAGAAGUACGACGCAUUGGAAGGCGACAUCGCUGACCGCAUGCGCAGGCUGCAGAAGGCCCUGGCCGACAGCCAGUCAGUCCAGGAGAGCCUGGACGGCCUGCUGAAGUGGCUGGAGGACAAGGAGAAGGCCCUGCUGCACAUGGAGAAAGGAACAGCCAUCGUGGUCAAGAAAGAGCCGCUGGUGGAGAACCUUCAGGAGUACAGGCUCCUGGAGAAGGACAUCGAGAACCACCGCCCAACCAUUGACCGCGUUCUGCGCUCCACGGCCGACGUGAUCCGCCAGCUCAAGCCGGAGGAGAAGGCUAUCUACCAAGACAAAGUGGACAACUUCCAGGACCGCUUUGGCGACCUUACGACCUCGCUCAAGAGGCACGGCGAGCUGCUUCAGACACUGUCAGCCAAUCUGGUGGACCUGGAGAAGCAGCUGGACACCCUAGAGGAGUGGCUGGUGCCCCUGCUGGAGGAGCUGGAAGGGGCCGAGUUCAACCGUAAGGAGAUCCCCGAGCUGGACGAGACACUGCAGUUCAUCUCCCAGGACGUUGAGAGCCACCGUCCGGAGUAUCACACCAUCCAUGACCUGGGCGAGCAGCUGAUGAAGCACCCCAAGGCUGGUGACACGUCCUUCGUCACUGCCGUCCUCACCAACCUGGACCAGAACUGGCAGUCCCUGGACGACGUGCUGGCCAAGCGACUCCAACAGCUAGAGGACAGGCAGGUAGCCACCAAGCGCUACCAGAGCCGGGCCAAGGAGACCAACUUCUGGCUAGACAACAUGGAGAGCAAGCUGAGCAAGCUGGACCUGACGGUGCAGGAGGCCAAGGCCGUCGACCUCCAGAUACAGCAGCUCAGGCCACUGCAGCGAGAGAUCACUGACUACCGGCCCAAGAUCGUGGAGGUCAACAAGGUCGGGGCAGCCCUGGACAACCUGAUCCGAGAGGUGAUGGCCCCCGUGGAUGCCAGACGCCACUACUGGUCCUCCCAGAUCGGUGCUCAGCUUCAGACAGACUGGCAGCCACAGAAGGCCAAGCCCAGGGAGCCGGCCGACCAGGUGGACAAAGGCUUCCUGGAAGAGGACACAGAAGUUGAGAAGGAACUGGAGAUCAUCAACCGUCGCUACGAUGACCUGGAUCGCCACCUGACGGAUGUGCUAGAGGACCUGCGCAUCGUCCGCCUCUGGGCCGACAAGGUGGAGUCAGUCCAGACCAUGCAGGAGUGGGUGAACUCGGUGGAGGUCCGACUGACGGAGACCAAGCCGACCAGCCAGGAGCUGAUGCCACUCAGCAGGGAGCUGGAGAAGUACCAGCCUGUCCACACAGAGGUGACCGACCACCGCCCCAUCAUCCUGGAGGUGGUGCACAGCGCCGAGCAGUUCCUGCGUGACCACCGUGACCGGCUCUCCCCAGAGCAGCAGAACAAGCUGAAGCUGAUGACCAACGACCUGCGCGGCACCUACGAGCAGGUGUCAGUCAAGAGCAACGACUGGCUGAAGGAGGCCCAGCUGCUGAUAGAGACGCUCAAGUCACAGGAGGAUCAGCAGGUGGAGAUCGAGGACAAGCUGAACGCCGUCAUGAAGUCCCUGACAGACCAGCUGGAGUGGGUGACGCAGGCUGAGAGACGCCUGGGUUCGGAGCAGCCACUUAGCGAGGAGUCACAGCCCCUGUUGUCACAGCAGCAGGACCACAAGGUCAUCCACGAUGACAUCCAGGCCCACCAGAACCCGGUGCUCCAGGCCAUCCAGGAAUGCCAGUCGCUCCUGCGCCAGCACACCCAGAACCUGCGGCCGGAGGACCAGACCAAGUUGACGGAGCUGCAGUCGGAGCUGCGCGCCCGCUACGAGGCCCUGUCGGCCGAGUCCCUGGGCCACACCAACAAGCUGCGCUUCGCCGCCGAGGACCUGCCGAAGCACGAGGAGGAGGUGUCAGACUUCGAGGACUGGCUGCUGUCAGCUGAGCAGACACUGGAGUCAUCAUUGGCCAGCAAGUCCAAGGCGCCCGACGCCCUCAAGAAGGAGUAUGGCCAGCAGCGGGCCUUCACUGAGGACGUGAUCGCUCACGCCGCCGACUUGAAGUUUGUGGUGAAGGGUGGACAAAAGUACCUGGACUCCGCCAAGGUUUACCGCCAAGACCUGGCUGUCUAUCGAGACGCUGCCCUACCCCGCCAGUUUACCCGCUCCUACACUGAGAACCCUGAGACCAACAUCAUCUCCAACAAGCUGGCAGACAUUGGCGGCCGCUACGAGCGGCUGAAGGCGCGCAGCACGGAGCACACCGCCCAGCUGCGGGAAGUGGUGGAGAAGCAGCAGCGUUUCAGCGACCUGGCUGACAAUUUUGCCAGCUGGCUGCAGGAGAAGGAAUCCACACUGAAGUCAUACCUGAGGGAGCCCAUUGGGGCUGACCCCGCCACCGUGCAGAAGCAGAUCGACCGACUCAAGAUUGUGCGCGACGAGGUGGUCCUUCACCUCAAGGACAUUGAGAAGACUAAGGAAGCGGGACGGGACCUGGCAGACGCCAAGCCCUCGCUGCAGGCAGACAUCGACAAGCAAAUCAAUGAACUCCAGCGUCGCUACAACGACCUGGACGGACAGAUCAAGGACCGCAGCCAGCAGCUGCAGAAUGCCCUGACCCAAUCGCAGGACAUCCAAGACAGCCUGGACAGCCUGCUGCGCUGGCUGGACGAGGCCGAGCGGGACGUCCACAAGAUGGAGAAGGGCACGGUGCUGGUGGUCAAGCGCGACCCACUGGUGGAGAACUUGCAGAAGGAGAAGGUGGUGGAGGACGACAUCAUCAGCCACCAGCCCAGCGUGGACACCAUCAAUCAGUCGGCCAGCAACCUGAUCAAGACCAGCGAGUCCAAGGUGGCCAAGACCCUGCAGUCCAAGCUGGACGCGCUCAACGCCCGCUACUCCAAGGUCAGCCAGGCAGCCGACCGGCACGGCCAGAUGCUGCAGUCCAUGUUCGAGCAGCUCAACAGCUUUGAAGCGGAGGUGGACCAGUUCGAGGACUGGGUGCUGCCCACGGUGGACGCCCUGGAGUCGCGGGAGAUCAGCCGCAUGGACCUGAACGAGUGCGACAAGAAACUCAAGACAAUCAAGCAAAAGCUCAGCGACCACCGCCAGGCCCACAAACGCAUCCACCAGCAGGGAGAGCAGCUGGUGCGAGACCCCAAGGCCAACGACGCAUCCUACAUCACGGCUGUCCUGACCAACGUGGACGCCAACUGGCGCACGCUGGAAGAACUGCUGGUCAAGAGGAGCAAGCAGCUGGAUGCCAAGAUGAAGGCUUCCAAGCGCUAUGCCCAAGCCAACAAGGACACCACCAACUGGCUAGAUACCAUGGAACACAAGGUGGCCCAACUACAGCCAGUUGCCCACGACAUUGUCACCCUCAACACACAGAUAGAGCAAGUCAAGCCACUGAAAGCUGACGUGGUGGCUUACAAACCCAAGAUUGUGGAGGUCAAUAAGUACGGCCACAACCUGGACAAGCUCCUGCGCGAUGACGACAUGGCCAUGACCAUGCGGCCCCGCUACCGGUCACUCCAGAUAGGCACCGCGCCCAUGAGUGAGCAGCCACGCAAGCUCUAUGAUGCUCCUGACGUGAGCGAGUACACCGGAGAAGAGGAGACCAAGAUCCAGCGAGAGCUGACUGACAUCAACAAGCGCUACGAGGCCCUGAAGGUCAAGCUGGGCGAUCGGGACGAGGAGCUGGAGCUGGGCAAGGCCUACCUGGAGAAGAGCGGCAACAUGAGCGGCCUGAUGGACUGGGUGACAGUCACCGAUGCCCGGGUGGUGGAAUCAGCACCCAGGAGCAACGACAUGGACGAACUGAACACAGAGCUCAAGACCAGCAAGACGUUGCACUCCGACAUCGACAGCAACAAGGUAGCCAUCCUGGAUGCCAUCCACACCACAGACCAGCUGCUGAAGGACAAGCGUAGCAAGCUGACACCCAAGCAGGUGGAGGACCUGCAGCAGCGCAGCAAGGACUUGCGGGGACAGUACGACCUGCUGACCCGGCGCUCUGAGGACGUCUGCAAGCAGACAGAGGACACCCUGAACCGGAUGAGGAUCGAGAUGGAGGAACGGGUGAGGCUGAAGACAGACUUUGAUCAGCUGACCACUGAGCUGAAUGACCUACUGGACUGGGUGACCAAGGCAGAGCACCAGCUGGGAUCAGAACAACCACUCAGCGAGCAGACCAGGCCCCUGAAUGACCAGUACAACAAGCACAAGACUCUUCACGAGGACAUUGUGUCACACCAGGGCCCUGUUCUGGAGACCGUCCAGGAGGCCAAACAGCUCCUCAAACAGCGCGGUGACAAGCUGGCUGAGGAUGACCGCGCUGCCCUGCGCAGCGCGGCCGACUCGCUCAAGGCCCGUUACGAGGCCGUCAACGUGCAGUCCAACACCCGGCUGAGCGCUCUGCGCUUUGCCACCGAUGACCUGCAGAAGCUGGAGCCGGAGAUCGGCGAGUUUGAGGAGUGGCUUCGCACCACUGAGCAGCAAUUGGAGUCUUCGCUGCGUAAGAUCGAGACCGACCCAGAUGCCCUGCGAGACCAGUACACCGCUCAGCGGGAUCUGACGGAGGACGUGCUGACCCACGGCGCCGACCUGAAGUUUGUCAACAUGACAGGACAGGCGUUCAUCAACAACGCCAAGACUUACCGUGAAGAGCUGGCCGACUUCCGCACCACUGCCCUCCCCCGCCAGUUCAGCCAGACCUUCAGCGAGGCGCCCGACUCCCACGUCCUGCGCGACAAGCUGGGCAACUUGAAUGGCCGCUACGAGCGCCUCAAGGCCCGCUGCCUGGGCCACCGGGACCGGCUGGCCACCGUGCAGGAGAAGCAGCAGCGCUACCGCAGCGAGGUGGAGCCCGUCCUGCCUUGGCUGGAGACAUCCUACGUCACGCUGGGCAGGAUGAUCAAGGAACCGGUGGCUGCAGAGCCAGAUGCCGUCAAGCAGCAGAUUGAGCAACUCAAGGCCUUCAGCGACGAUGUCCUCCUGCACAGCAAGGACAUUGACCGAGUCAAGGACUCCGGCAAGGAACUGUGCGAUGUCCAUGAAGAUGUCAAAAAGGAUGUGGCCAAACAGACCCGUGAUGUGAGCGAUCGCUACAGCCAGCUGGAGUCCAUGAUUGCUGAGCGCAGCAACCUCCUGCAGACAGCACUGACCGAGUCGCACAGCGUCCAGGAGGGGCUGGACAGCCUGCUGGCCUGGCUGGACAACACAGAGGCCACGCUGGACCGGCUGCAGAACCGCACCACGGUCACGCUGCGCCGGGAGCCGCUCAACGACCAGAUGCAACAGUACAAGAAACUGGUGGCAGAUGUGGAGGCCCACAAGCCCAGCAUCGACAACGUCAACAAGUCGGCAGGCAAACUGCUCCAGACCUGCGAGCCCUCAGUGGCCCGCGCCGUCAAGUCGCGGCUGGACGACCUCAACUCGCGCUUUGCCGCCCUAGAGAAGCCCGCCCGGGAUGGCUGCGACUUCGUGCAGCUGCUGACUGACCGGCUGAACCGCCUGCAGGACGAGGUGGACAAGCUGGAGGACUGGCUGAUCCCGGCCCUGGACUCGCUGGAGGCACCCGAUGUGAACAGGAUGGACGUCUCAGAGCUCAGCGGUGUCCUGAAGGACGUACAAGACCAGAUGGACCGACAACGGCCCCAGUAUCAGCUGAUCCACCAGCUGGCCAAUGAGCUGACCAGCGAGAGGAAGGUCAAUGACCCCGGAGCGGUCAAGCAUAUUGUCCGCAACGUGGACGACAACUGGAAUGCCCUGAUUGAGCUGCUGCAGUUCAGGCAAAAGAUGUUGGAGGAGCGUCGCCAGGCCCAGAAGUUGUACAACGAGAGUCUGAAGGACGUCAGCACCUGGCUUAUAGGCAUGGAGCGGCGCUUCAACCAGUUCCAGCCCGUUGCCAAGGACAUGGAGACCAUCAAGACACAGUACGAUGAACUCAAGCCCAUGCGACGCGAGGUGGUGGAGUACCGGCCCAACGUGGACCAACUCAACGACCAGGGCACCCGGUUGGACACCCUGAUGCGGGGCAUCACCGCUGCCCCGACCCGCCCCCACCGACGCUCAUCCCAGAUCAUCACCUCCACCCCCAAGCCCGACCAGGCACCUGCCAAACGGGCCCGCGCCAAGAAACCAUUCGAGGAGGCCAACAUCAGCGGCCUGAUCGAAGAGGAGUCUGAGAUCCAACGCCAGCUGGCUGACAUCAACCGGCGCUACAACGCCCUGGACGUCAAGAUUGACGACCGGGACGACGAGCUAGACACGGCGCUGGCACUGGCCGACCGCACCAAGCCCGUGGAGGACCUGCUGGACUGGGUGACCACCACCGAAGUCCAGAUGGCCCAAGCGCCGCCCCCACCAGGGCUAGACCCGCUGGCCGAAAUGGAAGAGGAGCUCAAGGCCAUCCAGGCCGUGGAGGAACAAGUCAACUUCACCCAGGCGCCCGUGGUGGAGGCCUCGGCCGGCGCCCUCAACCUGAUCAACGAGAAGGCCAAGAAGCUGCGGCCUGAGCAGCAGGAGCAGCUGCAGAGCAAGAACAACGACCUGAAGACGCGCUACGACAAGCUGGCCACCGACGUCAAGUCCCGCAAGCAGCACCUGGAGUCCAACAUCAGCCAGAUGCGAACCCAGCAGGAGGAGCAGUCUGCCAUGAGUCGUCGCCUCAAGGACGUCGGAGGCGCACUACAGGAGAACCUGGACUGGCUGACGCAGACAGAGCAGAAGCUGGGAGCUCAGCAGCCAAUCAGUGAACAGAUCAGGUCGCUGACCAGCCAACUGGACAGACACAAGGUACUGCGUGAUGACAUUGUGGCCCACGACCAGCCCAUCAACCAGACAGCAAGUGACGUCCAGCACCUCCUGCGUGACUUCGGCGGCAAGCUGCGGCGCGAGGACGAGUCCUUCCUGCGGGCAGGCCUAGACGAUCUCCGGCCCCGCUAUGACGAGGUCAACCGCCAGUCGCUCACUCGCCAGAACAAGCUGGAGUCGGCCCUGGACGACCUGGAGAAGUACCGGGAAGAGUUUGACGAGCUGGAGGAGUGGCUUAGGGAGGUGGAGAAGACGCACGAUGCCCUGCAGCGGGCACCCGGCCGCGACCUGGCCGCACUGAAGAAGCAGGUGGAAGAGGAGAAGCGCAUCAUGGAAGAGGUCAGCGACCACAAGGGCGACCUCAAGUUCAUCCAGAGGUCGGGUCACAAGUUCCACGACAAUGCCAAGAACUACCGGGACUCACUGACGGACUUCCGCAUGUCCACCCUGCCGGCCGACUUCAACCGCACCUUCGCCGAGGCACCCGACUCCAACGUCAUCCGGGAUGAGAUCGCCGACGUCUACGACCGCUACAAUAAGUUGCGGACAGGCAGCCGGGCCCACUACAAACACCUGAAGGAGCUGACAGACAAGCAGAACAAGUACAGCAACUCGUGCGCGGUGGUGUUGCCCUGGGUGAACGAAGCCUACCACAAGCUGAGCAAGGAGCUGCAGGAGCCCAUCGCUGCCGAGCCCGAGAACGUCCGGGCGCAACUGGAGAGAGUCAAGAAACUUCACGAUGACAUUGUGCUGCACACCAAGGACGUGGGCAAGUUCAAGGAGUACGGCAAGGAUCUGGCCGAUUCCCAGGACACCGUCAAGGACGAGGUCUUGGCAACCAUCCGCGACGUCUCGGAGAAGUGCAGCUUCAUGGAGUCCCAGCUAGCUGAGCGCACCAACCAGCUGCAGAGCACCCUGGCCCACUCCCACAGCGUGCAGGAGGGCAUUGAGGGCCUGCUGCGCUGGCUGGUUACAGCCGAGAAGAACGCCAGCCAAGUGGUCAACAGCCCAGUCUCGGCCAAGAAGGAGGCCAUACUGGAGAUGAUGCAAAAUCAGAAGUACGUCAUGACUGACAUCGACAGCCACAAGCCCACAGUGGACGCACUGAACGAGACGGCAGCCAAGCUGAUCAAGUCCAGCGACCCGGCCGAAGCCCGCCAGACCCAGGCCCGGCUGGAUGACGUCAACACCCGCUAUGCCAAGCUGAGCAGCAGCGUGCGCAAACACGGCGACUACCUGAGUAAGCUGAUGGGCAAACUGUCACAGCUGGAGGAUGAAGUAGAGACGUUCGAGGACUGGCUGGUACCGUUCAUUGACCGACUGACGUCCAAGGACCUGGGCCGCAUGGACCUCCUGGAGCUAGGCACCCGCUUGCUGGACAUGCAGCGUGACAUUGACAACCACCGCAGCCAGUACCAGGACAUCAAGGUGCUGGGCAGCGAGGUGACCCGGGACCCCAAGGUCUCGGACAAGACCCGGGUGGUGGACAUGCUGGCCAACCUGAACAAGAACUGGGAGUCGCUGGAGGGACUCAUGCAGAAGAGGAACCGGCAGCUACAGGACCGCCAGGAAGCCCACGACAAGUUCCAGGCACAGCUCAAGGCCGUCCUGGACUGGCUGGAGAAGUUUGAGGACCGGGUGGACCGCCUGCCACUGGUGGCCAUCGAACCCGAGACCCUGCAGCAACAAAUGGACGCACACCAGCCACUCCAGACAGAGUACGACAACUACAUGAACCGCGUCGACGACCUGAACCACCAGGGCAUCCAGCUGGAGUCGCUGACCCAGGACCCAGACCUGCCAGGCAUCAGCAAGACCUCGCCCAUCAAGCGCUCCAAGCUCUUCCUGUCCAUGCGCUCAGACACGCGCAGCUACGACUCCCGUAGCCUGAGCUCCUCCCGCCGCAGCUCCAUCGGCUCAGACCUGGACCAGAGUUCCUUCAUGCUGGACGACGGCCUGAGUGAGGUGCAGCGCCAGACGGCCGACGUGAACGAGCGCUACCAGCUGGUGGGCGACAAGCUGGCCGAACGCAAGUUUGACCUGGAGGGGGCGCUGGAGAAGGCCCAGGCCUACCGGGAUGAGGUGCGGGACUUCCUGACCUGGAUGGACAACGCCGAGGCCCAGCUCAAGACCGAGGUCACCCCAGGUGCCACCGCCCAGGAGGCCCAGAGGAACUUGCAAGAGCACCUGGUCUUUGCCAGUGAUAUCGAUGACCACUCCUCCAAUGUCUCCACCAUCCGAGGACUCGCUGAUGACCUGACCAUCAACAAGACCCACCAGCCGGGAGCUGACAACAUCCUGAAGCAGAUGUCUUCACUGGAGGAGCGAUGGAUCCGGCUCCAGGACAAGGCCAAGCUGCGCACCAAGGAGCUUGAGGGCGCCAUCAACAGCCUGACCGACUUCGAGCAGGCCUACACCCGCCUCAAGACAUGGCUGGGGGAGAAGGACAAGAUGACGGCGGUGCUGGGACCCAUCGGCAUCGAGCCGGGCAUCCUGCGAAACCAGAAACAGCAAGUGGAGGUCCUGCAAGACGAGUUUGCCGCCCACGAGGGCCAAUUGGACCACAUCAAGGAGGCCGGCCAGGCCAUCUUAGACAAGCAGGACCCGCGCGCCCGCCAGUCCUCGCCCGUCCAACAGCAAGUGGCCGAGAUCCAGCAGCUGUGGGAUGAGGUCAAGCGGCGGCUGGACGGCCGGGAGGGACAAGUGGAAGAGGUGCUGCGGGAGAGCGAGCGCUUCCACGACGCGCUGGCCGACAACUCAGACUGGCUGAUUGAGUUUGGCAACAAGAUCUCGGCGCUGGCGCCCAUCAGCGGCAACCCCGACGUUGUCCGACAGCAGAUGGAGGAGACAAAGACGCUACAGCGGGAAGCAGAGAGAAAGAAACCGGCCGUGGAGUCCAUGACGGAUGUCCACCGAGCACUGACUACUCUGAACCCAGAGACAACAGCCAAGGCUGAGGUCACCCUCAAAUUGGAAAGCAUCAAAACUCCCUACACAGAACUCUGCAGAAAACUGGAUGAGAGACAAGGAAAGCUGCAGGCUGCCCUCCUGCAGUCCAAGGACUUUGAAGACUCUUACACCAGCAUGCUGCAGUGGCUAGACACCAAGGACAGGGAGCUGACGUCCUCUAAGCCCAUCUCAGCCAAGCCCGAUGUCCUCAGAAGGCAGCUGGUGGAACAUGAGGAGAUACCCAAGGAGAUUGUCAAGCAGGUCUACACUUACGACCGCAUCAUCGAGAAGAUGAACGGCCUGAGCGAGGAGGCACCACCCGGCCCGGAGAAGUCGGCCCUGGAGCGCAAGCGUGAUGCCCUGGUAGCCAAGUGGGCCAGCGUGAAUGACAAGUCGGCGCAGCGGCAGGAGCGGCUGCGGGACUGCAGCGGCCGGGCCAAGCAGUACACGGAUGAGCUGCACCAGUUCCUGCCCUGGCUGCGUAGCGCCGAGGACCGGCUGGCCUCGCUGGGGCCGGUCACCAUGAAGCCCAACGUGGUCAAGCGGCAGUACGAAGUUGUCAAGCAACUUCGGGAUGACGUGGAGAACCACCGCGACCACCACAAGGCUGUCAACCAGACCUGCAAUGACUUGGUCAACAAGACGGACGUGGACCACCCCUUCGUCAAAGACCAGGUGUCGGAGGUCAACGACAGAUGGGAGAAACUCCAGAGAGAUGUCAACAACCAACUACGCGUCCUGGAGGACCUCAGCGACCGGCUGGGCAGCUUCCAGGAGAAUGUCAACCAAUCGCAGAGCUCGCUGGCCAACAUUGAGGAGAGGCUAGCAUCUCACGAUGCACUGGGCUCCAAGGACCCACGCAACCUGGAGAAACUGCAGAUGCUGCAAGACGAAAUGGAUAACAUCGAGCAGACAAUCGUGGUGGUCAAGGACCGCAGCAACGACCUGAUGGCAGCAGCGCCCUCGCACGCCGACACGGGCCAGAUCGUGGAUGAGGUGGACGGUGUGAACCGCCGCUACAGCCGCCUGAAGGCCAUGGUGGGCGAGAGGCGCAACCAGCUGGAGGUGGGCAACCAGGAAGUCCGUGCAUUCCAGUCACUGCUGAAUGACAUUGGUUCUCGUCUGACAAAGUCCGAGGAGCAACUGGAGAACUUCUCCCCAGUCGGCCGAGACAUGCCAAUCAUCAACACACAGAUCGAAGAAACACAGAAAUUCCAUGACGACCUGGAUGACAUCAAGAAGGCUCUCUUGGGAGCCGACAAGAACUUCCGCGACAUCAUCGACCGUGGCUACAUGACCGACCCAGACGGCUUCAGAGAUCAGCUGGACAACCUGAACAAGCGCUGGGCCCGCAUCCGGGAGCGCACCAACAACCGGCAGGGCGAGCUAGAGAAGACGGCCGGCCGGCUCAAGACGCUGCAGCAGAUCCUCCAGGACGUGGAUGAGAGCCUGGAGAAGGCGGAAGCCCAGCAGCGCAGCCAGCGGCCCGUGGGAGCUGACGUGGAGAUGGUCAAGCAGCAGAUGAAGGAGUUCAAGACCUACAUCAGAAACUACGUGGACCCACUGGUGACUCGAAUCCGUGAGGCCAACCGCGUGGGCCAGAGCCUGAUCCAGAGUGCUGCGCCCAGGGUCAGCACAACCAAGCUGGAGUCGGACCUGGAGGCCAUGAAUGACCGCUGGAACAAGCUGAAGACUGCAAACUCCGACCGGGAGGCCAAGUUGAACGAGGGACUACUGCGCUGCGGCAAGUUCCAGGAGGCCCUGAACAGCCUGAUGUCCUGGAUCGGCGAAACAGAGGAGCUGGUCACCCACCAGAAGGACCCAUCAUCCGACUACAAGGUGGUCAAGGCGCAGCUGUCUGAACAGCUGCUGCUUGACCGCCUGAUCACCGACCGUGAGCCCAGCGUGGAGGCCCUGAAGGAGAUGGGCGAGCAGCUGUCUCGGGUGUCGGAGCCCCAGGACCGCAUGCGCAUCCAGCAGCAGCUGACUGACCUGGAACGGCGCUGGCGGGCGCUGGUGGACUCAGUGCGGGACCGCCGCAAGAAGCUGGAGCAGACGGAGAAGACGGCCAAGGGCUUCCAUGAGCAGAUCGACCCGCUGGUGGAGUGGCUGGACAAGACAGAGCGCAGCCUGGCCCAGCAGGACCCGGUCAGCACGGAGAAGGCUCAGAUACAGCGCCAGAUACAGGAACAGCAGGCUCUAGCUGAUGAGGUCAAGCACAAGGCACCAGCCGUGGAGAAGGCCAAACGCAAAGGGGAGGAGCUGCAUGACCUCUGCGUGCCAGUGGAGCAGGAGGUGGUGCGCACCCGGCUGGACAACCUGGAGAGCCGGUACCAGGCCCUGGCUGACAAGACGGCCAGCAAGCAGGGCAAGCUGUCGCGGGCGCUGGCCAGCAAUGAGGUGUUUGGGGAAGGGGAGGCCUCCCUGCUGCGCUGGCUGACAGACACGGAGCGGAGGCUGGCCAAGCUGGAGCCCAUCUCCAUCUACCCGGAGCAGACCCAGCGACAGCUGAAGGAGCACAGGCAACUGCAUGAGAACAUACAAGGUCGUCGACCUGACAUCAACAAAGUACUACGAGAUGGCCAAGACCUACUGAAGCAGUGCACAGGCAAAGAGAUCAUCGACGUCCAGCAGAAGCUGGACUCCAUCCAGAACCGCUACGAGGACAUCUGUGGCAAGAGUGAGGACCACCUGAACCAGCUGCAGCAGGCAGUGCCCCUGACGCAGGAGUUCACCCGACUCCAGAGCGACACAGACAAGUGGCUGACCCAGGCCGAGAGAGAACUGCGCGGCUUUGACUCGUCAGCUAGCCCCGAGCAGCAGAAGGCCGUACAAGAGAAACUGCAACGCGAGAUCGACGAGCACCGCCUGGCCAUUGAAUCCCUGAACAGCAAUGGGGACAAACUGAUUGUCAUCAGCCCCGGCCAGGGCGCGGCCGAGAUCCGCCAGCAGUGCAGCGAAGCCAACACCCGCUUCAACGAGCUGUGUGCCCAGACCAAGGACAUAGAGUACAGGCUCAUCUCCAAGCUGGAGGGGGCACAGAAGGUGGAGCAGAACAUGGACAACCUGCUAACGUGGAUCAACGAGGCGGAGAGGACCCUCAACAACAAUGCCAAGGAGACAGUGGGAGUGGAUCCAGACGGUGUCAGGGAACAGCUCAAGAAAGCCAAGGGCUUGGACCGCGAGAUCAACUCCAAGAUGAGCCGAGUGCAGGACGUGAGCGGCGCCGCCGAGAUCCUCCUCCAGCAGACCUCGGACCCCACCCAACGCCGCCGGCUGGACGACCGGCUGAAGCAGCUCAAGCAGAAGUACGACACUCUGUCGGCGGCCAGCGCCGACCGUGUGGAGGUCCUGGAGGAGGCCCUGCCCCUGGCCCUGGCCUUUGAUGAGACCCACAACGAGUUGGCCAGCUGGCUGACUGACACAGAGGCUGAGCUGAAGGCCUUACGGCCACCGGGACUGGAUGCCGAGGAGAUCAAGAAGGAAGUAGACAAGAACAGGCUGAUGAGCCAGGCAGUCAACGAGAAGCAACAGUACGUCAACAAGCUGAACCGGAUCGCCCCCGAGCUGAGCAAGAUCAGCCCCGGGCCUGGUGCCCGGUCGCUGGACACCAAGGUGGACAGUGACAACCGCCGCUACGAUGACAUCAAACAAGACGUGGACAAGAGAGGCGAGAAGCUCUUUGACCUCCUGCAACGGACAAGCUCUUUCAUCGAGGAUCUGGACGGUACCUUGGAGCAGCUGAACAUCACAGCGGAGAAGCUGUCCCAGCCUGAGUCCAUCUCCUCGGACCCCGAGGUGCUCCGCAAGCAACGCAAGAAGCUGCAGCUGCUUCAAGACCAGGUGGAGAGUCAGAUGGAUGCAGUGGACCACAUGCGCAAAGCCGGCCAGGAUAUGAUCAGUGCGGCCUCAGCAGACGACCCCUAUGUCAGAGAGAUGCACAACAAGCUAGACCAGCUGGGCAACAAGUGGGAGACCAUUGUCCGGACGGCCAACCAGCGGGCAAGCAACCUGAUGGAGGCACUCAAUGCCGCCGAGGGCUUCUGGGUGGAGCUGAACAGCACCAACGCCACCCUGAAGGACAUCCAGGACCACAUCAGCAGCCAGGAGCCACCCGCUGUGGAGGAGAAGGCUGUGAAGGACCAGCAGGAGGUCCUGCAGGCCAUCAAGGAGGACAUCGACGCUGUCAACCAGGACCUAGAGAACACCCGGCAGUCGGGCAAGGAGCUGAUGCGGCUCUGCGGCGACGCUGACAAGCCCGAGGUCCAGAAGAACCUGGAUGACAUGAACGCCAACUGGGACACCCUGAACGCUGCCUACCGCAGCCGGGACGAGAGCCUGCGGGCCGCCACAGACCUGUCCAAGGCCUUUGAGGAUGGCAAGCGCAAGAUGGACGACUACAUUACGGAGGCAGAGGGCCGGCUUGAGGCCAUGCAGGCAGUGGGCACGGACCCGCAGACCAUCAAGACCCAGCUGGAAGACCUCAAGAAAUUCAAGCAAGACCAGGACCGUCAGAGCCCCAACCUGGAGCGUGUCAACCAGCUGGGUAACAAACUCCUCGCCCAGUGCACCUUUGAGAACCGCGAGGCACUGCAAGGCCCGCUCAGUGACCUGAACCGGCGCUGGAAGGCCUUGACAGAGCGCAGCUUCGACCGCCAGCACAAGCUGGAGGCCGGGCUGCUGGCCCUGGGCCAGCUGGAUUCCACAUUGGAUGAGCUGAUGGGCUGGAUGGACCGGGCCGACCGGGCCAUGCAGGACCAGAAGCCCGUCAUGGGCGACCCGAGACAAGCUGAGAUCGAGCUGGCCAAGCACAAGGUUCUCCAAAAUGACAUCAUGUCCCACCAGUCCAGCGUGGACUCGGUCAACCAGGCCGGCCGCAACUUUGUGGCCUCGGCCGACAACCGCCAGGUGGCCGGCGUGAUCAAGAACAAGCUGGACGACCUGAACGUCAAGUGGCGCAACCUGCUGAAGAAGAGCGAGGACCGGCAGCAAGAGCUGGAGGGAAGCCUGGGCGAGAGUAAAUUGUUUGGAGAUGAAGCCAACCGUCUCCUUCACUACCUGAAGGAUCUGGACGGCCAACUUUCAUCGGCCCAGCCAGUAGGCGGCCUGCCAGAGACCGCCAGAGAACAGCUGGAAAAACAUAACGACCUGAUGAAGCAGAUGGCCCGGGAGCAGUUGAACUACGACCGCCUGAUGGACACCGGCCGCCGUCUCCGCAGCAAGGCCGGCCCCGAGGCCGACCGCGAGGGUGGCAUUGGCCACACACUCUCCCAGCUGCAGAACAACUGGGAGAAUGCCAAGCAGAAGGCCAAGGACAGACAGACCAAGCUGGAGGACGCCCUGAAGCAGGCCCAGCAGUUCCAUGAUGCCCUGCAGUCAUUCAUCAGCUGGCUGACCUCGGCCGAGAAGACCAUGAAUGCUGCCAAGCCCCCCAGCACCGUGCUGGAAACUGUCAACCAACAGAUCGCAGAGCACAAGGACUUCCUGCGCGACAUCGCCACCAAGCGCGACACCAUGAAGGAGCUGGACCGCACCGGCACCCAGCUCAAGUACUUCAGCCAGAAGCAGGACGUCACCCUGAUUAAGAACCUGCUGAUCAGCGUGCAGAACCGCUGGGACCGCGUGCAGAACCGCUGCAACGAGCGUAGCCGGCAGCUGGACUCGGCCUUCAAACGCUCCAAGCAGUUUGCUGACCAGUACAAGAAGAUGUUUGACUGGCUGGAUGACAUUGAGAACAAACUGGACUCGGACAAGUCGAUUGGCAGCGACCCAGAGACACUUAAAGCCCAGCUUAGAAAACACAAGGAGCUGCAACGCUCCCUGGGCUCCAAGCAGCCGACCUACGACAGCACCCUGCGCGGCGGCCGCUCUCUCCGGGAGAAGAGUAACCCAGCGGACACCAAGGUCAUCAACACCAUGCUGACCGACCUCAAGGACAAGUGGGACACAGUCUGUGGCAAGUCGGUGGACAGGCAACGCAAGCUGGAGGAAUCCUUGCUGCACAGCGGCCAGUUCAAGGAUGCCCUGCAGGCCCUGCUGGACUGGCUGUACGAGGUGGAGCCCAAGCUGGACGAGAGCAACCCGGUCCACGGCGACAUCGACACCGUCAUGAACCUCAUGGAGGCCCACAAGAGUUUCCAACGUGACCUGGGUGGCCGCAAGAGCAGCGUGCGCUCAGUCAACAAGUCGGCCAAGGACCUGAUGGAGAAGUCGAGCGAGGACACCUCACACCUGAAGGCCAAGGUGCAGGAGCUCAACACCAAGUGGGACAAUGUCUGCCAGCUGAGCGUGGUCAAACAGGACCGCCUGGAGGAUGCCAUGAAGGAGGCUGAGGAGUUCCACGAGGCUGUGCACAUGCUGCUGGAGUGGCUAGCUGACGCUGAGCAGACCCUACGAUUCCAGGGACCACUGAGUGAAGACAAGGAGGUUAUCCAAGACCUGCUGGAGGCCCACAGGGACUUCAAGCUGAGAAUUGACACCCACGAGAGCCGGUUGAACGAGGCCUGCCAGUUGGGCGAAGUCAUCCUGACCAAGUGCCACCCGGACGCCGUCACCGUCAUCAAGCACUGGAUCACAGUGCUGCAAGCCAGAUGGGAAGAGGUGAUGAACUGGUACCAGGAGAGACAGGACAAGCUGGAGGAUGCCCUGACCAACCUGCGGGAGAACGCAGAGCUGCUGGAGAAGCUCCUGAAGUGGCUGGAGCAGUCGGAGAACACCCUGCAGAGCAGGGACUCCCGCCCCAUACCGGACGACAUCGACAGCAUCAACAAGCUCCUGGAGGAACACCAGUCCUUCGAGGAUGACAUGGCCACCCGGCAACCCGAGGUGGACCGCCUGACCAAGUCGCACAAGCGCCGGCGAUCGGCCGACGUGGGCCCCGCAGGCAUCCCCAUGCUGGACCGCUCACGCCGCGGCAAGGGCAGCCGGCCCAUGAGCCGGGAGGCUAGCCCCGGGCCCGACGCCGCCCGCAACCCCCGCGUGGCCGCGCUGCACAACAAGUGGAAGCAGGUGUGGCUGAUGGCCAUGGACCGCCGGCGCCGCCUACAGGAUGCCCUCGAUCGACAAGCCGAGCUGAAGAAGCUGAAAAACUUCAACUUUGAGGACUGGCGGCAGCGCUACCUGCGCUGGAUGAGCCACAAGAAGGCCCGCGUCAUGGACUUCUUCCGAAAGCUGGAUCUGGACCGUGACGGCAAGCUGUCACGCAAGGAGUUCUCUGAUGGAAUCAUCAACUCCAAAUUCCCAACCAACCAGCUGGAGAUGAAUGCUGUGGCCGACAUCUUUGACCGGGACGGCGACGGCUAUGUGGACUACAAGGAGUUCAUCGCGGCCCUCUGGCCUGAGAAGGAAAGCGGCCAAAGCACAUCUCACCCGCUGACCGACGCCCAGAAGAUCGAAGAUGAGGUGAAGCGACAGUGCAACUUGUGCACCUGCGCCAAGAAGUUCCGUGUGCAGCGCAUCGCCGAGACCAAGUACCGCUUUGGGGACUCGCAGCAGAUGCGGCUGGUGCGAAUCCUGCGCAGCACCGUCAUGGUGCGUGUGGGCGGCGGCUGGCUGGCGCUGGACGAGUUCCUGGUCAAGAACGAUCCCUGCAGAGCCAAGGGACGCACCAACGUGGAGCUGCGCGAGCAGUUCAUCCUGGCCGAGGGCGUCAGCCAGUCCCUGACGCCGUUCCAGUCCAGUCGCAGCCGGCGUUCCCGCUCCCCGUCUGAGUCCAGUACUGGCAGCGCAGGCUCUCGUAGCCUGAGCGGACCCCUCAUCAAGAUCAAAGAAAAACGCAGGGUGACCCGCCCUUGGCAGGAGGGGACAACUACUAGCACUACCCGAAGCACAACACGGACCUCGGCGCGCACUUCGACCUACUCCAGCACGGCCAGCGCCAGGAACGGCGACUCGACCGUCAGGAAGACAACAAGCAGGGAGACCUACUCCACACCCGGCAUGGGUAUGGGCCGCCCUACCUCAGCAAGCUUCUCGACCUCUGCUGAUGUGGUGGGCCAGUACUCCACAGUGGACGUGCAGACGAGGCCCAUUGGAAGCGCAGGCGGUGUGCGAGGGGAAGUCACAGUGCGGACCGUCCGCGAGGAGGAGCGCACCGUCAGCCGCCCCGCCUCCUCCCAGUCGGUCUACUCAAGGUUGAGCAUGCCCGCAAAGAAGACCACAACAACCUCCUCCUCGACCAAGACAUCGCCCAAGCCCAAGAGCGGAGUCUGGCGUUAGAGGUCCCAUCCCACUUCUGACACCAGAUUGAGACAGCUGCCUCAGAGCAUGCAUAAAAAUAAUGAAAGGGACUAGAAUUUGAUAUUUCACUAAAAAAAAAAAUUCCGAUAAGAAAGCUCUCCAGUGUGUUUUCAUGUUAGACCAUACUUCUCAGUAAAACAUAUUUCACGCUUUAGUAAACAAAAAGUUAAUGUUUUCCUUGUAAUUUGAUCCUGUGUCAUUUCAAAGGCACUUUAUGAAAGUCUGUGUGAGGGGAUUGGUGUAGUUAAUUUCCAGUGAACUUAAUUCUCCUUCAUGAUAUCAGGCAUUGCUACAGAAAUCACCAUGAAAAGUUUUCUGAAGGGAAACAUUUGUCAUGGUGACCCCUGUGACCUUUUAGUGACCUUGUAAUGACCUUACAUUAUAAAUAAACUUCCUCUUUCAUUAAAGUGAUAGAAAUUGAUCUGCUCUGGGGCAUUUGUCACAUUUAAAGUUCUGUCUUCCUGUAGGAGUGGCUUGAUGAAAUAAAUAACCCAAUAUUUGAGUAUCUUAACUGCUGAAUGAUAGUCUUAGAAUUGUGUUGAUCAAAUCCUGGGUAGAAAAUAUUAUUUCGCUGUCAUAUCUGUAUAUAUCGGAAGGGAGCGAUUUAUUGUGAUUACUUUUUUCUAUACUUGAUCAUAUUUUUAUAUCUGUAGGUGAGACGAAGUCAGUUACUUACUAGAUAUGAGUUAGUUGUGUUAUGUUGAAAGACUACAUGAUGUAGUCUUGGAUUGUGACAAGAUUUUGUUGAGGUGUCAGACUGAAGUAACUCAAUUCGAGUUUUAAACACGUGGGUUUAUUAUACCCCCAGACAUCCCUACUUUGACAACGCAACCGUCGAUUGUGUCAAGAUGUACCAACCUAGGACGAACCAAUGACAAGAAAAUGGCAUCUUAAAAACUUUACAAAAGUCACAUUAUACAUUGAUGUGAUGAAGUGUCAAGUCUGUGGUGAAUUUGGAAAACCCACAAUUAUGAGGUUUCACCAAAGUAUCCACUCGAAGAGAUAGUGGAGUUUUUCCAUUUACAGUAGAAAUUUGGUCUUUGCAGUAGUGCAUGAGACCAGGAUAGUACAUUACUUAAUUUUCAUGUAGACAUAGGUUGUUACGUUUUUUUUUAACAGUGGUGAAGUGUCGUCAAACGACAGGAUUAUUUUUGGCCAAGAAGUUCAGCAAAUGCCAUUUAAAAAAAUUACUGGUGUGUGGGAUCUUUUUUAUAUAUUUUUGAGUGGACAUGGUCGUAAGAGACAGCAUAGCCUUUAUUGCUUUGAAAUUUCAUGUAAAGAAAGGGUUAAACAAUAAAAUCAUUGUAGUAAUCUUGUAGCGGUAUUGUCCAGUAGGAAGAAGUGAAAAACAGUUGUACCUUACAUGUAGUGUAGACAAUUGAGCUCUGAAAUCGAGACGUAUGAGCUGCUUUCUUGAAAACAACAAUGUGUAUUCUUUUUAUUCUGAGAAAUCGAAGCCUUCGGGGACAAGGUUUCAUUUCUCAAAAUAAUUAGGAUACCCUUUGUGAAAUGCUGAAGCAUUUAAUUGUACUGUUUGAGAAUGCAAGAAACACGAACGGGGACCAGUUUCUUGUGUUUGAUAACAGCACGUUUUUUUGCUUGGUACUGACAGCGAGGUAACUUCUGGGGACCAGUUGUCUUGCUGUCAAUUCGUUGAUCAUACAUCACUCGAUUCAGCACAUUUUCCCGUCAUUAAAAAAACCCACUUUUUUCCAGUUCUGUGCUGCUUAUUUACGGCACUAUCUAGAUUUCAUUUUACAUGCAGGUACUGGAUAUUAUGGGGAAGUGUUCGGUGCCCGCAUUUAACUUGAAACAAAACCUGUUUGUGGUUUUGCGUGGAUGUUGGGGACCAUCCAUUCCAAAAUCGCCAACAGCAGCGCAGUGGCGCAUUCUUGGGAUGACGCAUUUUGUCGAGGACUUAUGGGGAUCAGUCUGUGGAUAAAAUGUCUUGUCGCCCCACGAUGCAAUUACACAUUAACGGUAUUGUGCAGUAAGCAAUCGCAAACUAAUGUUGGAUGUCACCCGCGUUAUUGAAAUAAAUAUUAAAUGCUUCCUUUCCUUUGAUUAAAGUAAGCACGAGGUAAAUGGCAAAGUGUAGUUGUGGCAUUUAAACUUGUUUAAGUCUUUCUUUCGUAUCGAAUAGUAUGUAAAGAAAUCAAUUGUAUAGUGUACUAAAAACGUUCCAACUCUUGAAUGCACUUGGGAGAUGUGUAGUGCAGACAAAUACGAUUGGUGAUCGACUAUCUGGGUUUGUUAAUGUUUACCAGUUGAACAAGGUUGAUCUAAAAGGCCCUCCGUAGUGGACGAUUUACAGCAGGUCACCCCAACUGGUUAAUAUGAAACAUGCCUUCAAGGGUUCGGGUGAAUCGUGCACAACUUGGACAUUGCGACGGAUGGGUUAAAUCACCGUAUAAUCCAUGUAUUAAUUUUAGUAAUUAUUAAAUCAAGUUUCCAUCUGUAAUUUAAAAAAACAUAAAGCACAAUAGUUGUCAAAAUUUGGUAUUCAGAAGUUACUCUGUAAUGACACGCAUUGGAUUCCGUUGAACAUUUCAUUCUGUUUUGUUGGCGGUGAACCUCUUCUCGUCUGUUCAAAGUUCGGCCACACUGUGGUGAAAUUCCUCACCUGUUUGCGGAUACCGCUGCUACCGUGAGGAACCAGUUAGGUCGUGGGUGUCGCUGAAAUUGUCUUUCAUCGAAAUGAUUGUCGAGGAAUUCCAUUGCGUGUAGAGAUGCGUACUUCUGACUGAAAAGGGCUCCACACAUUGGCAUGAAAUUAUAAGUAACCAGUUACCGUGUUUUCCACCAACGCGUACUAUUUUGCAGUGGAAAAUUACAUCUCGAAAGACUUUAUUAAUAAUUAAGCAAAUUGGUUUUGAUUUUUCUUUCGAGACGUAGUGUUCAUUCAUUGAAAGUGCGUAGAUUAGCAGAAGUUUGCACCUAGGAUCUCAUUUGUUUCAGUUUAUGUUCGAAGGAGGUAGGCUUGAUUUAAAUGAUUUGUAGCAAAAUUUCGUUAUGGCAAAAUUUGAGCAAAGGUUAUUUCACUGUUGAGUUUCUUUCGUUUUGUAGCUCAUUUUGUUUUCAAAUUUCAUUGCAGACUAAAUGAGAUAAUUCGCACUGGUGUUGUGACAAACUGAUAAUGCGCCAACCGUAAAAACGACUAUUACGAUGACUACAGUUGUGUACUUGGCUGAACGUUUCCUUUCAUUCGAAUUACAUUCUCCUUUUCUUAUGUGAUUCGUCGAAAGGCGUGAUGUGUCUGGCGUCAUUAUUUCAGUCCAAUCACAUGGACUUAAACGGUGUCGCUCCGUAGUGCUUGUCUGAGUACGGCAGGUUGAAAAUCAAAUUAGAAUAUACAGCCUUUUGUUUGCAUAUUAGCGUUGCUUAUUAGAAGUGCAAAGACGUCUUUUUAUCUACAAGUUGGUUAACUUUGUAUUGUCAGCAACAGAUUUAAUUUAGUUGUAUUCAAACGGCUUUCCUACAUUUUGUUUUGGGGAACUUUUUGCUAUAAUCGUGUUUGUGACACGAUUGCCUUUAAGCGAAUAAAUUUUUAUUUUGCAAUAAAAAUACA